AUGAGUCUGCCCCUCGUCUGUGACUACGGCUCCGGCUUCAGCAAGGUGGGCUUCUCGGGGGCAGAAGCGCCCCUGGCCGUGUUCCCGACCAUCCUUGGGAAACUUCGGCAUGACAACCCGCUGGUGGGGACGGAGAAGCAAGACUGGUUCAUCGGAGACGAGGCUCAGAACAGACGAGACAGACUCAGCAUGCUGUGUCCCAUCUCUAGGGCCACUGUCACCAGCUGGGACAACAUGGAAAAGAUCUGGCAUCACUCCUUCUACCAAGUGCUGCGCAUCGCCCCGGAGCAGCACCCCAUGAUGGUCACAGACCCGCCUUUGAACACGGCGUCCAACAAAGAGAAGGUGUUGCAGAUCCUGUUCGAGACCUUCAAUGUGCCUGCCCUGUAUUUAGCCAACCAAGGAGUCCUUUCUCUCUACGCCUCCGGCCUGACCUCUGGAACAACCAUCGAAUCCGGAGAAGGAAUGACAUACUUCGUGCCCAUUGUCGACGGCUUUUCUCUGCCCCAGUCAACCAUGCAGAUGGACACAGCAGGCCAAGAUUUAACCUUGUACCUCCUGCAACUGUUAUCGGAGAAGGGGCACUCAUUGAUAAGCACAGGUGACCGGGAAUACAUCCGGGACAUGAAGGAGAAGUGUUGCUAUGUGGCUUUGGACUUUGACAAAGAACAAGCGCAAGCCAACUCGCCUUCCUGCACACAGAAGUAUCAGCUGCCUGAUGGCCGGGAGAUCAGCCUUGGGCCGGAAAGGUUCUUCUGCCCCGAAGCGCUUUUCCACACGGACCUCAUAGGGAGAAACAGCCUGGGCAUCCACAUGACGGCCUUCCGCAGCAUCAGCUCCUGCAACCCCGCCCUCUGGAAGGUUCUCUUCCGGCACGUGCUCUUGUCCGGGGGCACCGGCUCCUGCUUGGGCUUGAGGUUCCGGAUGCAGAGAGAACUCUCCGCCCUAGUGUCCCCUCUGAUCAACGUGAAGGUGUCUACCUGUCCCUAUUCCGUAUACGGCGCCUGGGUCGGUGGCUCCAUCCUGUGCUCACUCUCUACCUUCAAGGACAUGUGGGUCACCAGCAUCGAGUAUAAGGACUGUGGUUCCUCCGUCAUCGGCAGGAGAUCCUUCUGA